AUGGCUGCCCUCAGACUCCUCAUAAAGCCCAAGGUUGUCAAAAAGAGGACCAAGAAGGUCAUCCAGCACCAGUCAGAUCAAUAUGUCAAAAUUAAGCAGAACUGUCUGGAGCCUAAAUCCAGAAGCACUGACAACAGGAUGCACAGGAGGUUCAAGGGCCAGAUCUUGAUGCCCAACAUUGGUUAUGGGAGCAACAAGAAAACAAAGCACAUGCUGCCCAGCAGCAUCUGGAAGUUCCUGGUCCACAGCAUCAAGGAGCUUGAAGUGCCGCUGUUGUGCAACAAAUCUUACUGUGCUGAGAUUGCUCACAACAUCUCCUCCAAGAACCACAAAGCCAUUGUGGAAAGAGCAUCCCAGCUGGCUAUCACAGUCACCAAUCCCAACACCAGGCUAUGCAGCAAAGAAAAUGAAUAG